AUGACUGAUAAACAGGCAGAUAAUGCGAGUAAGAGCAUGAAUGCCUCUGGAUAUUCGAAUCCUUUGUUUUUGAGUCAAAAUGAUAAUCCUGGAACAAUGUUAGUUACGAAGAUUUUUUAUGGCAAGAGUUUUGGAACUUGGAAGCGUGCGAUGUCUCUAGCGCUUUCUAUCAAGAACAAAUUAGGUUUUGUGACACGCAGAACGAAGAAACGUGCAGAAGACGAUCCUACUUAUGAUGAUUGGAAGAGAUGCAAUUCCAUCGUUAUUACAUGGAUUCUUAAUGCGAUGACUAAAGAAAUCUCUGAAAGAUUGAUCUAUUAUACGACUGCAAAUGCAAUCCGGAAACAAUUGUCAAAUCUGGUUGUAGUUUUUCAAUUACAGAAAGAAUUGAAUCAAAUAGCUCAAGAAACUGAUUCAAUUACUACAUAUUAUUCCAGAUUUAAACGAAUUUGGGAUGAAUUUGCAGAAGUUGAUGAUUUUCCUGAUUGCAUUUGUACUGCAGGAGAAGCUUGGAUAAAACACAUGGAAAGACAACAGUUAGUGUAA